AUGCCAUUUCCUGGUAGCAACUCUCCGGGUGCUCCAGUUGUCCCAUCAACAGAGGAAGUCUUUCGUAUGUUGAUGUUGGAGCAACAGAAAAUGGUUUUCCAAAACUUCUUACGUCAACAGACCCCAGCACCGGAAGAGAACUAUCAAUCGGCUGACCUCGUAGCAUGGCUGAACUCUUUGAAUUUGAGUCCAUCCUCAACUCCAUCUCCAACACCAAGUGUCUCAUCACCUUCUGUACCACUUCCACUUACUGUUGAGAACAUGCUUCAAUUCCAAAUCCAAGCACAGCUCUUCAAGCAAUUCGACACGCCGUGGUUUCUGAAACCACCCCAUCGCCCAGACCAUAUUCCACGCACCCGUCCAAAGAAGGAGUUCAUUUGCAAGUAUUGCAACCGAAAGUUCACCAAAUCCUACAAUCUCCUCAUUCACGAACGGACUCAUACUGACGAGCGUCCCUAUCCCUGUGACAUCUGUCAGAAGGCGUUCCGUCGUCAGGAUCAUCUCCGUGAUCACCGAUACAUCCAUUUCAAAGUGAAGCCACACACAUGUGAAAUCUGCGGGAAAGGGUUCUGCCAACUCAGAACUCUGAAUGUUCAUCGGGAUAGUAACCACAAGCCAACACAAGUUAUGAUCGCAGGAAUCCCAUUUGAAGCACUCCGCCCAAUCAAAAAAGUAGAAGAAGAGGAACCGUUCAUCGAUGUCACUACUGUUUAG